GACACACUUCUCUGUCCAGUCCAGUCUUUUAUUGUGCUUAAGCAGAGGGCAAUUAAAAAAAUUUUUUAAGAACUAGAAAACAUGACAUCUUUUUCUUUAAGAGCCUGGGAGAAAAUCCACCACAGUCGUUCUGAGUUUUCUGUAAUUGAACAAAAUGGCUUUUUUUGUUUUUAUUUUUUGGGUUUUUUUUUUUUAAGUUUGUGAGACAGAAAGUGCCGGGAAGUCUGGGGUUCUAGUAGGAUCAUCUAUCAGCAGACCACUGAACAUUGCCUUGGGCUGCCCUGAACACAUUACCACUGGAUAUGGACCUCUAGUAGGCAUUGUAAAUGUGAAGUUGGAUAUAGGAAUAUAUAUAUAUAUCAAGAUGACUGAACAAGUGAAUCUGCCUGAAAAUACAGAUGACUGGACAAGUGAAGAUGUUUACCAGUGGGUAACAGGAAAACUUAAGCUUAACUUGAAAUAUGGGGAAAUCUUGAAAAAGGAAGAAGUGAAUGGAAUGAGUUUAAAACGAUCCGUUAAACAAGAUCUCAUUGACAUGGGCAUAAAACAUGGACCUGCCCUACAAAUAAUAAAAAUGUUUAGGGAAUUGAAUUCUGAAUGUUCUAAGCAGAUAUUGGGAGAAAAAGAUGGGAAAAAAACUGAAGACCAGUGUGUGACAAAGGAAAAAACUAGAAAAAGCAAAAAGAAUCAAAUAGACACAAAGACAGAUACCAGCACUAAACCCAAGGAAGCCUGUGAGUCAUCAGAGGUCAAGCCUACUAAAGAAACAAGAAGUCACCCUGAGGAAACAAAAGAUGAUCUGCCGUACAGAGGAUGGUCAUGUUCAACAUAUCCUUUUGACAGUUUCCACAAAAGUUUUCGUUAUAAAGAGCAUGAUGUUAUUAUCCAACCUGAAACAGGGUUACUCAAUCUCAUUGAUCCAGUCCAUGAGUUUAAGGCUCUGACUGCCACAGAGGGAGCCACAGACAAAGACAUUAAGAUGAAAUUUAGCAAUGAAGUCUUUCGAUUUGCUUCAGCCUGCAUGAACUGCCGCACCAAUGGCACUAUCCAUUUUGGAGUCAAGGACAAACCCCAUGGAGAAAUAGUUGGGGUGAAACUCACUGAGGUGGAUAAAAGUACAUUUAUUGACCACUUCUAUACGAAGAUGGAAGACUAUUUUGACAAGGAGGGUGUUGGGGAAGCAAAGCAGUGCAUUAGGCCACCAAGGUUUGUGGAAGUCUUACUGAAGAAUGAUACCACAUCUGAGAGAUUCGUCAUUGAAGUAGACAUCAUUCCAAAACACUCCAUUUGUAACAAAAAAUAUUUCCCAAUUAAGAUGCAAACUUAUAAAAAGAACAGAUGGGAGAAAAAUACUGAACUCUCUCUGUUUGUGAGGGAUGGCACUAGUUCUAAAGACAUCUAUGCUAAUCCAAAGCAAAAAGAUGGAAAUCUGAAAGCAUUUUUGUCAGGUUUAGAAUCACAGGAUGAGUCCAGAAAAGCAGCAGAAGACUAUCGACCAAAAGAAAUAAAAACAGAAAGUGAGGGAAGAAAGUUGGUUCAUCUUCUCACAGGAGACCAAGACUUAGAUAAUUCUUACUAUAAUUGGUACAUUCUUGUGGUAAAUAAGUGUCAUCCAAAUCAAAUUGAGCACCUGGACUUUCUAAAGGAAAUUAGAUGGUUUGCCGUGUUAGAGUUUGAUCCCGAAUCUGUGAGUAAUGGGGUUGCCAAAGCUUACAGAAAGACCCGAGCAGCUAAUCUUCACUUUCCUAAUCAAUACCAAGACAAUACAACCUCAAUUACCGAAAAAAUUGAAAAUCUGAGUCUUUUUAAGCAACCCAGCUGGAUCUUCUGCAAUGGCAGGUCAGACAUUAACAUGGAAGAGCAUCAACCUUUAGAACUUAGUUUAUGGUUUAAAAAAAGAGCCACUAAAGUUCGGAAAUUAAUCUCAUUUCUUACAUGUGAAGACAUAAUGCAACCCGAAAAGUUUUUAGUAGUGUUUCUAUUGCUGUCCCCAGUAGAAGAUCCUAAAGAUCCUUUUAUUGAGACAUUUUCUACUUUCUACCAAGAAUUGGGAGGAAUGGACAACAUACUGUCUAUCUCCAUAGAUCCACAAAUAGGUUCACAAUGGAAAGAUCUUUUGCAAGUCAGAUUCUCAGCUACAGACCUCACAAACAGAUGUAUUACUACUUUAAGUCUUGAAGAGUUGAAUGGCACCAUUCUUACACUAAAACCUCAGACUGAAUCUCCUUCAAGAUUUUUGCCAUCAAAUGGCUCUUCGAUCAUUCUUCAGAAGAAAGAUGAAGACUCUAUGACAGCACUGGAAAUCCUCUGUGAAAAUGAAUGCAAAGGCACAGACAUAGAGAAAGAUAAAACCAAAUUCACUGAAUUCCAGAAAUCCCAAGAGGAACAUUUUUAUCUAGGUGGAAAAGUUUCAUGGUGGAACUUCUAUUUUUCCUCUGAAAACUAUUCUUCACCUUUUAUCAAAAGGGAUAGCUAUCAAAAAAUUACAGAGAUGAUACUAUCUUUAGCAAAUUCCCCUAGGGAAACCUGUGCAGAAGUGAUCAAUUUGUAUCAUCAUCCAGGCUGUGGAGGGACCACAUUAGCAAUGCAUGUUCUCUGGGAACUGAAGAAUAAAUUCCGAUGUGCAGUAUUGAAAAGUAAAACAUCUGACUUUGUAGAUAUUGGAACACAGGUGAGGACUUUACUCACUUAUUGCUCAGAGAACCAACACCACCACUUGCCUGUUCUCCUCCUGGUGGAUGAUUUUGAAGAACAAGAAACUGUAUCUGAUUUGUGCAAUCACAUUAAUUCAGCCAUUGAAGAAGCUUAUAUUCAGUAUGAGACACCUUUAGUUAUUAUUUUAAAUUGCAUGAGAUCCCAGAGGCCAGAAAAGGAUGCUAAAAACCCUGACAGUGUUGCAGUGAUAAACAAACUUUCUAGCAAAGAGCAAAGAGCAUUUGAUUCCAAAUUUCAGGAAAUUGAAAAGAAGCACCAAAACUGUAGAGAUUUUUAUUCCUUUAUGAUCAUGAAAGAAAAUUUUGAUAAGAAAUACAUUGAAAAUGUUGUGAAACACAUCCUGAAAGGGUUGAAUGUUGACAGCAAAGAAGGACAAUUAAUUUCUUUCCUGUCUCUGCUUAAUUUUUACAUUUCUGAUUCUGACAUCUCUGUGAUACAGUGUGAGAACUUUUUAGGAUUAACCAACAAAAGGGAAUAUUGGAGCAGAAGGUGCUUAGAAGACAAAAUGGGGAAUUACUCUCCAAUUCUUAUCCGUACCAAAGUGGUAGAUUGUGGGAGGUAUGAAGGAGUCCGUAUCAUUCACCCCUUAAUCGCCAGUCGCUGUUUAGAAGAAUUGAAACUUACCUCUGAAAUGGCAAAGAGUGAUAUUGCACUGAAGCUAUUAAAAGAAGAUGAAUUUUAUCAACCUGGAAUAAGAAGAGACAAAUUUGUGCGGACUGUGCAGAUGCUGCUGCUGAAAAGACAGAAGGAAUACAGUAAAGAAACAACGAACCCAAGGAAGGAUAUAAAUACUUUAUUUUCUCCUUUAAUUGUGGACAUCCAGAAAGAGGAAGGGAAUGAUCAGGUUCAGAAAGUCUUAUGUGAAGGAACUAUCAGAUUUGAGCAUCAUGCCUUGAUCUAUCAAGCCUUAGCAAGACAUUUUUAUAUUAAUGAAAAUAAUUUUGAAGAUGCCAUUACUUGGGCAGAGAAAGCAAAGAAGAGAAGACCAGGGAACUCCUUUGUCUCUGAUACACUUGGACAAGUCUACAAAAGCCAACUUAUCUUCUAUAAGGAUAAGAUUCAGCAAGGGAAAAUUGUAUCUCCUCAGGAACUGGAAGACCUUCUAUGUAUAGCAGUGAAAGCUUCAGAUGCCUUCAGAGAAUCUCAGCAACACAAUGAAUACAGAGACCAUGAAACUGGACAAUAUCAUAGCUCUAAAAGGAGGUAUGGGAUGUAUAAUACAUCAUGUUACUUGGGAGAAAUAGAAGUUUGUAUGCAGAUAAUUCAGGUCCUAAAGAAAGUUCCCCUUUCUGAUGAAAGAAAUAAGUCAUCUAGAGGGGUCAUUGUCCAACUUUUGUGUGGAAAGAAUGAUCUUCUCCUAGAUUCUUCAAUUCAGCAGAAUGGAUAUUACCCAGUAAUCAAAAAGCACAUGCUUUAUUUAAAUGCUCUUCAGUGCCGUUUGCAAAUGACUUUUGAUAUUCUUCGAGAUUACUAUGUUCUUCUGAAGGAAAGAGACAAGGAAAGGGAAAUUUUGGAAGAAAAAAACCAGGUUAAAAUGCAAGGAUUAUUGAGACAGUAUACAAGUAUAUUCUUCAACUCAGAGACUAUGCAAUCAAGGGUGACAUCUUUUGGCAAAUCACUCCCAGAGGUGACAUGCUGGAGCAAGUUGGAGGCCUCUAAUGCAGUUAGCUUUUCUGGACUGCUGAAGUAUCUCACUGAAAAUGAGAAAAAUGCAAUCAAAAUGGAAAGCAUAGUAAAUAAUUACAAAUUACUAGUAGAAAAUGCAAAUCUACCACAGGUGAGGGAGAAACAGAAUUUCAUCUUGAGCAACAUAAUUCUUAAUUGUUUGAAACCUAGUUCAAAGGUCAUACAGCCCCUGGAUAAACUGAAAGAAAUGCUUCAAGGGGUCUUGCAACAGGUAGGACUACAUUUCCCCUAUCCAGAUCCUUACUUCUUGGCCACUCUCCUGUUCUGGCCAGAAAACCAGCAGCUGGAUCAGAACUCCAAACAAAUAGGAAAGUUCAUCACAACCCUAAGAAGGUCCUUCAGGGAGAAGUAUGGUCAGAUGUGUCGAGCCAAGAAGCCAUUCACACAUUUCUACCUUGGGAAGGGCAGAGGCCUCAAUCAAUUCAUUCACAGAGAAAGAAUUGAGCAGUGCUUCCAGAACGAGUCGGACUUAAGGGUCCUUUGGCAACAUGGAGAUGUAUGGAGAGAAGAGAAAGUCAAAGACCUCUUGCUUCGUCUCAAUGGCAGAGUUGGGGAUGAUUUUAUCUAUGUAGACCAUGGAACUAAAGAAAACUUAGAAAUCCCAGUGCAGCCUGCAAUCUUGGGUCAGCUAAGAUGUGGCCGAAGUGUGGAAAGAGUUUCUUUCUACCUGGGAUUUUCCACUGGAGGCCCAAUAGCUUAUGAUAUAAAAAUUAUUUAAACUGAGCCUGUGAAAGCUCCUACAUGUUGUAGCCAGGUAGAUAGCCCAUUCUGCUAAGACAGAUUGCACCGCAGAUCUGCUGCUUUGAAGUUUUCUUGUGUUGCUUUUUCUGUAUAUUUUCAUAGGAUUUAGAGCUGAAGGGAACCACAGAAAACAUUCUGGACCAACCCUCUCACUUUACAGAUGAGGCAAAUAAAGUUCAGUGAGUGGGAGUGAUUUGUCUAAGGUCCCAUGCUAGUGGGUAGCAGAGUCAAUAUUGAAUCCAAGCCCAUCUUACUGUAUGCCAUAUUGCCUCCCUAGCUUGCUCCCUAGACUGCAGAUAUCUCCUGUACAAGUACCAUUUCUUCAGUUUGUAGCCCAAUUUCUCCAUAACCCAGAAUUUCAUAUUAUAUUUGCUCCACACAUAAUUGGUUCUUUCUCUUCCUUUUUAGGAUUCCCCAUGUGGGAUUUAUGGUAUAUUCAUGAAACAAAGGCAAAAAAUGAGGGGGUGGAAUUUGUCGAAAAGUAUUGGUGAAGAGCUGAGGUACAUAAUAUCUUGAAGGACAGCAUAUAUUCCAGAUUGUCAGUGGCAAUAGAUCUCUUUAAUACUUUUGUAAGACUUUUCUAGAAAUAAAUUUGUAACUAGAAAAAAA